AUGGGCAACGAAGUGAGUGCCUCAGAGACUGUCGACUACCAGGCCGAUCCCCGACGCUCCAGUGUGACGGGCGACGUCUCCGAGUCCUCCUCGACUGGACGCGUGAAAAUACGCCCCGACCAGAUGCGACGACAGGAGUCGCUGCCAUCUGAGGCUGACUACACGGACAGUUCGGAUAAUUCUGGUUUUUACCAUCGUCAACGCGGCAGUUUCACUGUCAGAAGUGUAUCCGGAGGCAGUCAGGGGGGCUCACAGUUGAUUCCACGACAGUCGGACAAAGAACAGAAGGGACCUCUGCUGGAUGUAAUUAAAAGACUCAUUGUUACACGGACGUCGUCUUCGGAAGAGGAAAGUGGUUCGCAGCCGAGGGAACUCUCCUCCACCAGCCUGCAGGACUCAGCGUGUGAAGUUCUGGAUGCUUCGCAGUUGAGUGAAGAGGAGAAGGCUCAAAUCCGAUGCGUGCUCGAUCGUGUUCGCACAGUAGAAAGUAGGGAAACGGAGCGACUGUUGUAA